GGCUCACUCACGCGUUCUUGCUUUGAAUCCCGGGCUAGGGUUGCGAUCGAUGGCCCGAUCCCGCGAUCGAUCGCGCAAAUGUAAGUAAUUGAUCCGGUCCGCCAUGUCGAGCGACAGCAGCACGCGCUACUACGAGAUUCUUGGAGUCUCCAAGAAUGCCUCCCCCGAUGAUCUUAAGAAAGCUUAUAAGAGAGCAGCGAUCUUGAAUCAUCCGGACAAGGGAGGCGAUGUCGAGAAGUUUAAAGAAUUAGCGCAAGCUUAUGAAGUGCUGAGUGAUCCGGAGAAACGGGAGAUUUACGACGAGCAUGGGGAGGGUGGUCUCAAGCAAGGAAUGCCUGGUUGCUCCUCGCGCAGCAAUCCUUUCGACAUUUUCGAGUCCUUCUUUUCUGGAAAUCCUUUUGUUGGAGGAAGUAGCAGAGGCCGGAGGCAUAGAAGAGGAGAGGAUGUGAUCCAUCCCUUACAGGUUUCGCUGGAAGAAGUUUACACCGGAACCUCCAAAAAGCUGAUUUUGAUGAGAAGCGUUAUCUGCUCAAGCUGCAAGGGGAAGGGAUCCAAAUCUGGCCUGAGCAGCCGUUGCGCAAGUUGCCAAGGUUCCGGAACGAAGGUUACCAUCCGCCAGUUGGGACCAGGCAUGAUACAACAGAUGCAACACAUGUGUAGCGACUGUAGUGGCGCAGGCGAGGUAAUUAAGGAGAAGGAUAAAUGCUCGGAAUGCAAAGGAAGCAAAGUUGUCCACGACAAGAAAAUGCUCGAGGUUCACGUUGAGAAGGGGAUGCAACAUGGCCAGAAGAUAACUUUUCCGGGAGAAGCAGAUGAAUAUCCAGAUGCGAUCACCGGCGAUGUCAUAUUCAUCCUGCAAGAGAAGGAGCACUCCAAAUUCAAGAGAAAAGGCGACGAUCUCUUCACGGAGCACAAACUCACGCUGGUUGAAGCCUUGUGCGGCUUCCAGUUUGUACUCACGCAACUUGAUGGCAGGCAGCUGCUUAUAAAAUCUGCAGCGGGAGAAAUCAUCAAGCCUGGGCAGUUCAAGGCAGUAAAUGACGAAGGGAUGCCGCAGCAUCAACGUCCGUUUGUCAAGGGAAGAUUGUACAUUCAGUUCAGCGUUGAUUUUCCGGAACCGCGAGCCCUCAACCCGGACAUGUUGAAAACGCUGGAAUCGGUCCUACCGCCGAGGCCUGCACUCCAGCUGACGCAAGUGGAGCUGGACGAGUGCGAGGAAGCAACUCUCCACGACGUGAACAUUGAUGAAGAGAUGAAGAGCAAGCAUCAGCAACAGCGCGAGGCUUACGACGACGAUGAUGAUCCAUCUGCAGGACACCGAGUGCAAUGCGCUCAGCAGUGACAGUGCUCCCAAAGCCGGGGGUUCGCCGGUUGUUUUCUCUCAAAGGACUGCACCGGUUAGAGAGCUUAAACGUCAUCUCGCCUCAGCAGUUUUUCUCAAUCAUGAGCUCCAGAGUGGCCACUGCUCGGUACCUCGCUGCUGCUGCUGCUGCUGCUCCUGCUGCUUCCCUCCACCCAAAAUCCAGGUGACACUUAACCGAAUUCGCUGCUCAUUUGCUUCGUUGUUGUUGAGGUGCUGCUUUCGCGAGGUACAAAGGUAUAAGGUCGUGACGACAAGAUUGGUAAAUGAAGGGACUUACUUCCUCUCUCUUUCGUAUCGCAGGAGUAGCAGCACCAGUAGCAGCAGCAGAAGCAGCAGGGACAUGGAAAAACUCUCUUUUCUUUUCACAUUUUUCUUCUCUCUCUCUCUCUCUCUCUCACACACACACACACACACACACCAGCUAAAACGAGGAUGGAGUUGUUUUCAAAAAGACCACCAUCAAACAAAAACAGGAUGAUUUUUGGAGUGAUGAA